UUGAUAUGGUUUUGAUCAUAUGAUAACUGGAUUUUUUGAGUUUUAUAUUUUCGCUAGUGUUGAUAAAGUGUAAUGAAUCAAACCGAGCCGCCAACCAAGAGUUAAAAGAAUUAUAUAACUUUGGGCCCAACCAAGAGAUUUUGGUUCUCCUUUCCUUUGGUUCCUCCUAUCCUUUCUCUCUCUCUCUCUCUCCCGGAGAAAAUGACGACGACCCUGACCACUAUCAAUCAUUACUGCUACUGUAGUUGGCCGAGAAGCAGCGUAAGAUGGUCGAGGUCGACUGGGUUCCCAGCGGGGAAAUUAGGUAUGGGUGUGAGAAAUAAUGUAAUUUGUAUGGCGAAGGAGAGGAGGGUGAAAAUGGUGGCGAAGCAGAUACAGAGAGAGCUUUCUGAUAUGCUGCUGACCGACCAGGUUCUACAGUACGCUAUCCUGCCCGAGGCUGCCCUUGGUGCUGACCGCUAUCUCUCGUCUGUUACCACCAUCAGCGAUGUUGAAGUCUCCUCCGAUUUACAGGUGGUUAAGGUAUAUGUAUCUGUUUUUGGUGAUGAAAGAGGAAAGGAGGUAGCCCUUUCUGGGCUGAAGUCGAAAGCCAAAUAUGUGCGUGGCCAACUAGGCAAGCGUAUGAAAUUACGCCUCACUCCUGAGAUACGCUUUAUCCAAGAUGAAUCUUUAGAGAGAGGAAGCAGGGUGAUUGCUAUAUUAGAUAAGAUUAAGAGUGACAAGGAGACGGUGGAAAAUCCAUCUGAUCCAAAUGAAGACUGGGAUGACGAGGACGAUGAUGACAUCAUCUACGUGAAGUAGCUUUCUUGUUUCUCUCCCCUGGUCAAGCAUUAACUGAGCGAGUAGCUGCUCCUGACCAGUGAUGAUGUGUAAAUAAUUCCUUAGACAAGGUGGUGGUGCUGGUUCCAUGCUUAUUCUUUUCAAAACUUGUUUUUUUUUUUUUUUUAAGUUUGACAUUUGAUGUGUAUACUUAUGAUCAUGAAAGCUUUCGAUUACAGCUUUGUACGAUUAGAAUUUUGCAUGCCGUUGGGCAUCUCCAAUUA